UUUUAUAUCUUCAAAAUGGUUCAAGGAAGAAAGUGGGUUUUGAAAAGACAUUUCUCCGGAGAACCUAAGCUUGAUGAUUUUGAACUGGUUGAGGAGGAACUGCCUGAACUCAAGGAUGGAGAAAUUAUGUUUAGGUCUCUGUUUAUCAGCGUUGAUCCUUACCAGAGACCAUACAGUGCAAGUUGCUGUCCUGCGUACUUCAGGGGCUCCGAGAUUGUCCUUUACGCUGGUUGGGUGGAAAGAGGAGUUGUCAACCCUAAUGAGCUUGCAAAGCGGAGUGUUGGACUUGGAGCUCCCUGGAAGUAUCCUAAGGUGAAGGGUAUAUCUGCUAGCAUGAUGCUCGGCUCCUGCGGCAUGCCAGGAUGCACGGCAUACUUCGGACUUCUGAGACUCUGUGAACCUAAGUCUGGAGAGACUGUAGUUGUAUCCGGAGCUGCAGGUGCUGUAGGAUCUAUAGUGGGACAGAUAGCGAAACUAAAAGGUUGCAAAGUCAUUGGUUUCGCAGGAACUGAGGACAAGGUUAAAUGGUUGAAACAAAUUGGUUUUGAUCAUGCUUACAACUACAAGAAGACAACUGUAGAGGAUGCUUUAAAGGAGUCUGCACCCAAUGGCGUGGAUUGCAAUUAUGUAAACCCUAUUUUAGGAGUCUGCACCCAAUGGCGUGGAUUGCAAUUAUGUAAACCCUAUUUUAGGAGUCUGCUCCCAAUGGCGUGGAUUGCAAUUAUGUAAACCCUAUUUUAAGAC